AUCCUCGAACGACGUCGACGAACGACCAGCAACACCAUUCCGGGUUUCGACAACUUGAUCACCGGCCGUCACAAUGGCGAUCAAGCACAACCAGCAAAUCCCUAGGAAUCACUUCCACAAGGACUGGCAGCGUCGUGUCCGAGUGCACUUCGAUCAGCCUGGCCGGAAACACCGCCGUCGGGAAGCUCGUCUUGCUAAGGCUGCCGCCGUUGCUCCCCGUCCUGUUGACAAGCUUCGCCCAGUUGUCAGAUGCCCAACCAUUAAAUACAACAGCCGGGUCAGAGUUGGACGUGGUUUCACGAUUCAAGAGUUGAAGGAAGCCGGUAUCCCCCGCAAACUCGCCCCAACCAUCGGUAUUGCCGUCGACCACCGCCGUGUCAAUGCCUGCUCAGAAUCCCUUUCCGCCAACGUCGCCCGCUUGAAGGAAUACAAGGCCCGCUUGAUCCUCUUCCCCCGCAAGAGCGGUCAGUUCAAGAAACUCGACUCCUCCCCCGAAGAUGUCAAGGCUGCCCUCGAGGGCAAGAACCUCGUCAAGAACGUCGGCUCCUUGCUUCCAGUCACCAACAUCACCCGCGCCCAGGCUGUCACUGAAAUCUCCAAGGCCGAUAUGCCAGAGGGAGAGAAGGCUGCUUACCGCAGACUGAGAGAUGCUCGCAGCGAGGCCCGCUAUGCUGGUGUUAGAGAGAAGAGGGCAAAGGCAAAGGCUGAGGAGGCCGCAGCGGCUAAGAAAUAAAACUAUAAACUUAAAGAAAAGCCUGCUGUAGUUUUCUUCGUGGUUCCUUUUGUCUCGCAAUCCCCGAAUGUUCUUACCCCUCCUCGCCCUUUUCUCUUUUACGUUGCUAUGAUAAUAUGGUCGUCCGAUGGGAAUCAAUGGGGUUGGUCCUUGAUGGCUUUGAGGUGUACUUACUCCCUGGGUGUUUUUUAAAUUAAAUGCAAUGGGAGAGAAAUACGAAAACGUACAUCCUGAAUUAUCUCGGAGCACUUUUGGCUGGGAUAUCCUUUUAUGCAAAGUUUCCCUUGCCCACUGUGAUCUCCCAGCUAGAAUUACAAAUGAAAUGAUAUGACGUCU